AUGGGAAACGCUAAGAAAGUAGAAUAUAAUCAAUAUACAGAAAAUUCCGAUGAAUGUAUUAAGUGGAUCGAAGAAGCUAUCGAUAAAGAAUAUUUAAAUUAUUACGAAUAUAAGCAUUUUAGUAACGUCGAAGAAAUUGGUUUUGGCGCAUUUGGAAAAGUAUUUCGUGCAAAUUGGAAAAACUCGGAAAAUUAUUUAGCAUUAAAAUCAUUUUUCAAUAUUAAUAAUGUAACUGCAAAAGAAAUUGUUCAUGAGCUUAAACAUCAACGAAAAGUGGAUUUUCAUUCUAAUGUUAUUCGCGUUCACGGAAUAACAAAGUUUGAAUCAGAAAAUAAAAUUGAUCAAACAAAAAAUUAUUUGUUAGUAAUGGAGUACGCUGAUGGUGGUGCCCUUCGAAAUUACUUGAAGAAAAAUUUCACCUGUCUUACUUGGGAUGAUAAAUUUAACUUGGCAUACCAGUUAGCUUGUGCCGUGUUGUGUUUGCAUGUUGAAGGAAUUAUACAUCGUGACCUGCAUUCCUGUAAUAUUUUGAUUCAUCAAAAUACUAUCAAGUUGGCGGAUUUUGGUUUAUCAAAAAGGAUUGAAGAAACAUCUAAAUCACGAUCAAAAUUACUUGGUAUGGUUCCUUAUAUUGAUCCAAAACGAUUAUUGAAUAGCAAUAAUGUAAUAGAAUUAAAUGAGAAGAGUGAUAAAAAUGACCUUAGAUUAAUGUAUGAAAUUUCACAGGGCCAGAGAGAGAAAGUCAUUCCUAAUACUCCUGAUGAUUAUGUUAAUCUUUAUACUGAAUGUUGGAACGGCGAACCAGACAAUCGACCAUCUAUGCAUGAAGUUGUUGAAAGAUUAAAAACAUUUAUUUCAAAUUCAAAUAUACAAACAAAUCAUCAUCAACAAAAUGAUAAUACUAAGGUAAAACGGAUACAACCUUUAAAUACUACUAGUGAUGAAAAUUCAUCAAAUAAAGGAUGGUCUCAAAUGAUUCAAAUGCUUCAAAAUUUAGAUAGUAUUGAUAUAUAUAAUACAAAUAAAGUAAACCCUAUGAAAUCACCCAAGAAAGAUUUCAAUAUGAUAGUUAAUGAAAUAAUUGAUCUUAUUUCUAAUGAAUUGAAUGAAAAUAAAGAAGGAAAAGUAAUAAGGCAGAAUAUUCUUAAUUACCUUAAAAAUCUUAAUGUAGAUUCAAAAGAUGUUUAUAAUUGGAUAUUAAAUAAUCAAAAUGAUUCAGAUUUUAUAUUUUUACUUGGAUAUUUUUAUUAUUUAGGAAUCGAGACGAAACAAAAUUUGAAAAAAGCAUUUAGUUUAUUUAUCGGAAUUGAAGAGAAUCAUAUGCUAGCACAAUAUCACGUUGGGAUUAUUUAUCAAUUUGGAUAUCGGCAUGGAGUUGCGAAAGAUGACAAAGAAGCUUUCAGAUAUUUUAAAAAAGCAGCUAAAGGAGGUUAUGCUGUAAGUCAGUUAGAUGUGGGUUAUUGUUAUGCAAUAGGAUUAGGAACUAAAAAAGAUUUAAAAAAAGCAUUUCACUGGUACGAAAAAUCUGCAAAUAAUGGAAAUAUAGUAGCUAUUUAUGAUCUCGCACUUAUGUGUAAAGACAUUAAUAAAGAUUAUGAUAGAGCUUUUGAAUUGUUUAAAAAAUCAGCAGAAGGAAAAUAUUCACAUGGAAUAAUGAUGUUAGGACGUUGUUAUGAUAAUGGAAUUGGAACUAAAAUUGAUAAACAAAAAGCGAAUGAGUUAUAUCAAAGAGCUGUUAAAAUGUAUCAAAAAGCUGCAAGAUCAGGAGAUGCUGUAGCUCAAUAUUAUCUUGCAUAUAUGUAUAAAAAUGGGAAAGGAGUCAAUAAAAACAUAGAUGAAGCGAUUUAUUGGUAUAAACAAUCUGCUGAUCAAAAAUACAAAGAUGCACAAGAUAAAUUAAAAAAACUUGAAAAACUUAAGAAGAGGGAGGGAAAAUGUUUAUGCAGAAUAGUUUAA